AUGUCUCCAAGAGGCAAAAGAGGAGACCCGCCCGUCUUGGUGGCCAAUCUGCCCAGUAUAGGUGGGACGGUUGGAGUGGCGGCAUCUCAGGCUGAAAGCCUUGCUCCGCCUUCGCCUUCGCCUUACCAUGGAGGAAGCAUGCGCAUGCCUGCUGGGAGAAGCUCGCUCGAGCACGGGAAACUGCUACAUGCAACCAAGGUCUAG